UGCACAAUAUUUAAUGGCACAACUGAUGGAACAGUUCAAUUACUUUUUUAAUCAUCCUACUCUAUAAAUAGCGCUGACCGAGUGUUCAUACAACUCCAUCUCUAAGAAAGAAUAGCUUCUAUAACUAACAAGUACUUAUAACUUCCUCAAUGGCUGCUCAAAACCAAGUCCAAAUUACCAUUCCUAAAGACCAUAAUGGCCAGAAACAAGCCCCUGAGGAGGAUUUUGACUACUCUCAAAGAGCACAGUGGGUUCGAGCUGCUGUUCUAGGAGCCAAUGAUGGAUUAGUCUCAAUUGCAUCCUUGAUGAUGGGUGUCGGAGCUGUCCAAAAUGACGUAAAGGCCAUGAUACUUAUUGGCUUCGCAGGUCUAUUUGCCGGUGCUUGUAGCAUGGCCAUAGGAGAGUUUGUGUCUGUGUACUCUCAAUUAGACAUAGAGAGAGCUCAAAUGAAGAGAGACAAAGCAACAGGAGGACAGAACCAAGAACGUGAAGAAGGUAACAAGGAACAACUGACAAAUCCACUUCAGGCAGCAGUAGCCUCGGCUAUUGCAUUUUCAUUGGGUGCCAUUGUUCCAAUUCUUGCUGCUGCAUUUAUAGCAAACCAUAAAGUGAGGCUGGCUGUAAUUGUGGCUGCGGUGAGCUUGGCAUUGUUAGCAUUUGGAGGUAUUGGUGCUUUCUUGGGCAGAAGUCCUAUGGUGAAAUCUUGUGCCAGAGCUUUAAUUGGUGGAUGGAUGGCUAUGGCCAUUACCUUUGGCCUUACCAAGCAGAUUGGUUCUACUACUGGCAUGGAGUUGUGACUGGACCUUUAUCUAGUUC